AUGCCUUUGGCAGCUUCGCGGAGGCGGAGCAGCAGCAACGCGGAUAUCCUUGCUCCUCUUGUUGAGGACGAAGCUUUGGGACUUAUGGAUCAAGGUGUUAUUGACGAUGCAGCCAAUCGAACGGAGUGGAGUGAGGCCUCUCGCAGUUCAUGUCCCACCCUUGUCGUGGCUCGUGGUUGCUCGUCUUGCGUUGGUUUGGACCCUGCUGCUGCCUUAGGACAAGCAGCCAUCAGCUGUUCAUCGCCGUGGUUUCUGUGUGCUGUGAUGAGGCCUCACUCGGCGGUGGGGGGUGCGCCGGUGAAGCCCGGCGGCCCCUCCGUAUCCCCGGUGUCCGCCGCCACCUCCAGAUCGAUUGCAUCGCCCAUGAGACUGGACUUCAUGACCCUCAUGCGCCAGGCGAGCAAUCGCGGUAGCUCCGGCGGACUGACCGGAGACCCGGGAACUCCGACCCGGGGGCUGCCGCCGCCAUGGAGCUCCGGCCUGAUGGCGCCAUCAGAUACAUGCCGCAGCGGCAGCGCCGCCGCCGCCGCCGCCGCCGCCGAGUGCCGACUCAGCCCCGCCGACUGUGCGGUAACGGCAGCAUCACAGCAAGAAACAUACGGCGGCAACACCUCGGCAUUGGAUGCCGCACAACAGCGGCGGAAGCGUCGUGCGUCGGCGCUCGCAGCUGCGGGAAACGGCGGCGCGCUUGGCGGCGGCAGUACGGUGGCAGCCGCUGCAACCACGCCGGGCGGCGGCGCGGCUAGCUGCUGUCCUCCUGGUCACGGUCCUGGUUCUUCAGUCGGUACUUCAGCUGCAGCAGUGGCAGCAGUAGCAUUCGCCAGGUGUUCUAGUAGUCCGGACAUAAGGCCCGGCGGCGGGGUUUUGUCGGGGACUGUGUGCUCGAGCACGGCGUCAGGGGAACGCGCGGCGGCGGCGCCGCCGCACCUGAUGACGUACGCGCCGUACACCGCGCCGCGCUCCGUCGAGCAGCCGGGCAGCAGCACCGCGAGCAGCCGGAGCUAUUACGUUGGGGGUUGUCGCGGCGGAUGCGGCAGUAGUAGCCGAAGGUGCAGCGUAAGCGGUGGCGGCAGUAGCAGCGGCGGCUGUGGCGGCGGCGGCGGCGUGCCGCCAGGGGCUGUUUUCCGGACUUGCCAGGUCAGCGCUGGUCGAAACAGCGUGGAAGUGCGUGCUGUGCAGCCGCCGUCGCUGUCGCCGCUGCGCCCUAGGGGCUUGCCGAUGCGCACGGCGGCGGCGGCCGCUGCCGCUGCCGCAUGCGCUGUUAGCGGCCAUUCAACCUCUGCACUACCGAAAUACACCUAUGCGCCCAGUUUGAAAGCCACAGGCGCGAUUAGCUGGAUCGACUCAUGCGUUCCCCGAGGGCUGGCGGCGGUGGUACCGCCGCUGCCGGCGGCGGCGGCAAAGCCGGAAGUUGUACGGCGCGAAGUUGUCGAUAUGGAGGGUGCUGUUGCAAUGGCUGCUACCGCGGCGGUGCGGCCGCCGUUUGGAUCCGGCGUCACUGCCGAUGCUGACGCGGCGGCUGCCGCUGUCAGGGGCCUUAUGGAGCAACUGUCAGGGCCGUUGGCGCUUUCGGGGGAAUGUUCGGGUGUGCUACUGCCUGAUAGACCUAGCGAUAGUAGCGCCGCACAGCCGUACAUAACAAGAUUUCUGAAGGCAGCGCCGGCGGCGGGCUGGAUAAGCCGCGGCUACUGCUGCACUGGUGGUGGUGGCGGUGACGGCGGCGGCCCCACGGCCGGCAGUGCAGCCGCCGAAAGCUGGGGAGCCGGCAGCAGCAGCCGCGGCGGCGGCGGCGGCACGCUGCCGUUGCCGACACUACCACCUGCUGCUACAGCCGCCAUCACCGUGCUGCCAACCAGCGCAUUCGCUGACGACGACGCCAGCGGCGGCGCUGGCGCUGACGGCGACCCCUCAGCGAACGUCGCCUUACUGCAAGGGGUUGUUGUGGGUAGCUUGGGCGAUACGCUGACUGCCGUCGACGGCUGCCCCGACGGCGCCGCCAGCUCUGUGGUCCGUACGGGUGCGCAAACGCAGCCUGGGGUAGGCGCUUCUUCCGUCGCCGAAGCGGAACAAGCAAUCCUCGUGAUCCAAAACCUUUUGGAACGUGACGUACUGCCUGACGGCACGGAGCCGCUGGCACCCGUUGCGACGGCCGACGCCACCUCUGCCCCCCUUCUCACACCGGCGGUUGGCCGGCACGCCGCCAGCCCGUCGCCACAGCUGUUCAAGGCAUUUAACAGCAAUCGAGGUCAGGCGUCGUGGAACGCGAUGACGUUGCCCGGCGGCGGCGGUGGCGACGGCGGGCAUCUGGCUGUGCAUGGCUCGCUCAGAGCCGGUGUGGGGGCCCCGACGGCAGCGGCGGCGGCGACCACAUCCCAGGCGGCCCAGUACGGCCCAGUACGGCUGCCUGUGGAUAUCGGCGAGUGUCGUGCACCGAGUGUUUGCAGCCCCACUCCGAGUCACUUGCUGACUAGCCCGACGUUUCUGGCGUCGUCGGCGUCGCCGUCGACAUUCCCGUACCAUGGAGGCCUUGAAUCCUUCGUAUCGGUGCAGAAUAUUUCCGGGAACGCUAGCGGCGGCGGCAGCAGCGCCGCCGCCGCCGCCGCCGCCGCCGCCGCUGGAGGAUCCAUGUCCAACCGCAGCGGUCGUACGCUCAAGAUUGAGCCCUGCAGUCGAUGCAUGCCGUCGCCGCCGCAUCUGCGAGACAUUCCCAGAAUAGGCACCUGCGAAAUGGAAGCAGCUGCCUUAGGUGGUGGCGGCGACCGCGGUGGCGGCGGCGGCGGUGGCGGCGGAGAGUCGGCCCCGUGGGUCGCUGCGCUUAAUAACGGCGGCGCCGCGAUGCGCGGUCGCCACUCUUUGGGCACACGUCGCGGGUCGUCGGUAAUCGCAUCUGAGUCCAGCCUCGCUGCGAUUGCACUGCUGCGGUCCGCUGCGCCGAACUGCCCGCUGCCGGACGACAGUGCCGGCAGCGGCGGCGGUUCACAGCUCUCCGUACUGCAUACCGUUGGCGCCGGCGGAGCGGCUGCCGUACAACAAGUUGACGGUGGUUCCCCGCAUACUUUACGGCUUGAGGACGGUUUGGUGUCGGACCCGUUGCUGUUAGUGGACGGGCUGUGUCACCUGUCGUACGUAACAAGUGGGGCUUAUGCGGCAGUCUACCGAGGCACUUUGGAUGGCAUCAACGUGGGGAUUAAAUUUCUGGCGAGCACCUCCCUGGACUUGAAGGCGCCCGCCGUCAGGGAAGCCCUGUUGGGGCCCGGCUUGGAACACGAAAACAUUAUCCGUACAUACACCACCCGGGUGGCGCGUGUCGAUCGGCGCGCCGUGUCCCAGCUCAAGGCCAUCGCCGCCGCCGCCGCCAUGGCGGCGGCGGCCGUGCUACAGCGCAAGAAGCACAGUAGCGCCGGCACCCGGCGCUACUCAAACGGCACUUCCGCCGCCGCUUGCUCGCCUUUGUCGCUGCCUUCGACGCCGCAGCUACGCGCUGGGGCCGCAGCCUCGCAGUGGAAGGCGACGAUGACGACGACGACGACGACGGCGCCGGCAGGAGGUGUUGCAGCGGGGGCGCUGUCGGCGGGUGCGUCGCCUGGACGGGCCGUCAGCUCGACAUCUCCCAGGACGCCGAUAGGUGCCGCUGUCGCUGACGCUAAUGUUACUGCUAAUAUCACUUGUGGCAUUGGUACCGCCGGAUUCGCUGGCUACGGCGGCGGCGGCGGCGGCGGCGGCGACGCUGCAAUCUCUGCCGUCGGAUCUUGCCGUCGGCAUCUGGCGGUGCGGGAAGAAGCGACAAAGGCUAUGGCCAAGGUGCCUGCCGGGCCGAUGCUCGGCUUAGCGCUCUGUAAUGACGUCGUCGUGUCGCGAGGAGGAGUAGCAGCAGCAACCGCAGUAGCAGCAGGCAGAGUGCAAAACUCACCGCAAGGGGAGGUGAAAGGGCGGUUGUCCAGUGCAUCUGGUGUGCCGAGCGAAGACCGUGAUAGGGUUGGGCCAGCAGCAGCUGCUGCUGCGGCGGCGGCCGCGGUGGCGGCGGCGGGUGGUAGCAGCGGCGGACUGCCGCGACAGUUGUACAUCCGCAAAUCACUUUCCGCCAAUGCGCGCACAGAAAUAGCGGCGUACGACGAUGACGCAGCUGUGAUGGCGGCAGCAGCGGCGGCGGCGGCGGCGGUAGAGGAGCCGCCGUCAGCGCCGUCGGCUCCGUUAGCGGGGCUGGUCGCCACCGCGGAUGCAUGCCGUACACACGGGCAGCGUGCGGUGCCAUGGCACGGCAGCGUGCGGAUACUCGGGGUUGGCGCUCGGGUUACGUUGCUGCCGCAGCUGCUUCAAUCAGUGGACCCCGGAAUGCCCAGUCGCGUGCUGGUUGCUGGCCCCGGUCCUGCGCCGUCAUGCCACGGCUCCGCAGCUGCACCGCCCCGGGGGCCAGGGCCGGGACCGCCGCGUGGCGGGAUCGCCGCCAAACGACUGCUGGACGUCUUGCGGACUGUCGGCGUGGUCGGACCCACGGGUCACCCGACGGCGGAGGCACAUUACGUCACGGUGGUUGUGAUGGAAUAUGCAGACGCGGGCAAUCUGGACUCCUUCUCCAGCUCCGAAACCCCUUGCGACCUGGCCACCGCCGUGUACCUGCUACGACAAGUGGCAUGUGGCAUGUCGUACCUGCACGCACACGGUCUUGUGCAUGGAGACCUGAAGCCCGCCAACGUCCUGCUGCUACGGGACCCCUCUACGGGUCGGCUCACCGCCAAGGUUGCCGACUUCGGGCUGUCAGGGCUGUCAGGCCACCAGGGUACCAACGGCGGCGCGGACACUUGCGGUACGGUGGCGUACAGCGCCCCGGAGCGGUUGGCCGAUGAGGAGGACAGCAGCGGGGCGGAGCAGGCGGCUGACGUGUAUAGCUUUGGAAUUUGCAUGCAGCAGCUGGUGUCGGGAGUACGGCCGUUUGCGGAUCUCACCUUUGGCCAGGUAAUGUUCAGCGUGUUAUGCCUCAAGAUGCGGCCGUCCUGGCCUGAAGGCAGGUGUGGGGCUCUGGAGCCGCUGUACAACAUGUGUUGCGAUCCUCAGCCCGAGAAACGUCCUACGUUUGAACAGGUAAUGGUAAUGACCGUUCUGACCGAGGGCUGCUGCAAAUUAACUUGCCAAGGGCUCACAUGUUUUGUCAUGUAUUACAUUGCUGCGUAG